CAGCGGCGCGGAGAGAAGGGUUCCGGGGGCUCCCCCCCUGCCCUCUCGACCCUCGAGGCUGCAAGGCUGGCCGGGGCGGCCAUGGCAUUCACCUUCGCGGCUUUCUGCUACAUGCUGACACUGGUGCUCUGUGCCGCGCUCAUCUUCUUCGUCAUCUGGCAGAUCAUUGCGUUUGAUGAGCUCUGCACGGACUUCAAGAACCCCAUAGACCAGAGCAAUCCCACCAGAGCAAGGGAAAGAAUACUGAACAUUGAGAGGAUCUGUAACCUUCUGCGGAGGCUGGUGGUUCCGGAGUAUUCCAUCCAUGGGCUGUUCUGCCUGAUGUUCAUGUGCGCGGGAGAGUGGGUCACUCUGGGCCUGAACAUCCCCCUCCUCUUCUACCACCUCUGGAGGUACUUCCAUCGGCCGGCCGACGGCUCAGAGGUCAUGUACGACCCGGUGAGCAUCAUGAAUGCCGACAUCCUCAACUACUGUCAGAAGGAGUCCUGGUGCAAACUGGGAUUUUACCUGAUCUCCUUCUUCUACUACCUGUACAGUAUGGUCUACGCUUUGGUGAGCUUCUAGCCAGAAUGCCAGUAGGGAAGGAGAAAUAGAGGAAGUCAAAGGGAAGGAGCUGACUUCUAGAGUCUUCCGUGUCUGGAGACGUGGGUGUCUGAGAAGAGGGCAUGAAUGCGGAGGUCGUGUCACCUUAAAGGUCACCAGCUCAGGCCUUCCGGAAGCAACGUUACACACCUACCUGCAGCGAGAGAAGCUACCAGAGGCACACAUGGGGGGUUUCUAACAAUUGUGUUUUCUUAUUGUUUGUUAGUCUAUUUGCAUAUUUGCGAAUAACCAAUGAUCCCAGUUGUCAUUUUGCAGAUGAUGAUCAUAUUUUGAAUUGUACUCCUAGGACGGGGAAUCCAGACAUUAAACUGUCUCGUUGUUACAAAAACUGGGCUGUUUCGUGGAACGUCUGUGUAAGACCAGCACACUAUGGUACCCCCC